UUCCGUUUUCAAGAUGGCGACGCGCAUUGUAAGCAUGAGAUAUUUGUGUCCAAUUUUGGCUUUGAGAUGUAAUGUUAUAAAUAUCAAGAGGUUUGUGCGUAGACGCAGACCAUUAGACCCAUCGAAACAAAACAACAGUCAGCCCUAUGAAGAUUCAUCAAAAGAGAACAUUUGCAGAAACUCUGUGAUAGCGAGCGUUCAACGACCUGACACUGUCAGUCAGACACACCAUUACAACGCGGAUUUGGUCCAGUGUUCAGAAUCAACACUUUCGGGAAAGGUGGUAAAUGCAGACCACCAUAUCACUCCUCGUUCUUCCACAUCGUCACGUCUAGGAGAACUUGACGGUUUGCUGUAUGAGAGAGCACAACCUGGUGAUAAGUGUCUGGCGAAAUUGGUCAACAUAGCACGAUCUAAGAAGCUUCGUGAGCAGAAAGGUAAAGUUGUCCUGGAGGGAGGACAUUUCAUACGCAGUGCUCUGGAUGCAGGUGCUGUAGUGCAAACGGUUUUCUUCAGCUCUGUGGAUGCACUACGAGAGCUGAACCUGGACAAACUCAGACGAGCCAAUCUUGUGAAAGUUAAGAUGGAAGACUCUAAAUUCUGGUCUGACAUUGACACCUCACAAGGUCUAAUAGCCAUAUUCAAACGUCCUGAGGCCUCCCAUUUAACAUAUCCAGAGGAAAAAUAUGGCAAGCCUUUGCCCCUGACACUGAUUUGUGACAACGUGAGGGACCCGGGAAACCUGGGUACAGUGUUACGCUCAGCCGCUGCUGCAGGGUGCCAUAGUGUGCUGCUAACUAAAGGAUGUGUGGAUGUUUGGGAGCCCAAGGUCCUCAGAGCAGCUAUGGGUGCUCACUUCCGUCUCCCUAUAAUCCCAAGCCUAACAUGGAGUGACAUUCCCAGUCAUCUGCCCAGUGCAACAACCAUUCAUGUUGCCGAUAACUGCAGCACCACCAUCAAUGAAGAUGACCAUAACGUGACCCCUCAAAAACAAAAAAAAGCAUGUGAUUAUGGUUGGGUCAGAGGCCAUCAGUACCGAAGCAAGGUGCAAUAUGAAAAUGCUGAUUUGUCUGAUUUCGAGGAUUAUGAAGAUGGCAGAAGCAAGCAGGCAAGCAAAUCCCUUAAAACCCAAUAUUAUUACAUUGACUGGGUUGCUAGGCAUACUGGCCUCGUGAUUGGCGGAGAAACACACGGUCUGAGCCAGGAGGCAUUGCGAUUGGCUGAGAGUACCGGAGGACAGAGCUUACUGAUCCCCAUGGUACAUGGUGUGGACAGUUUGAACUCUGCCAUGGCUGCAAGUAUUUUGCUCUUUGAAGGAAGAAGGCAGUUGCUGUCUGUGGCUGAACAGAUAAGAAGAAAUUGGACAGAGAUCACAGCUCCAUGAAACCAGUAUAUUCACAUAUCAAAUGCUAUGCAGUCCUCAUAUAUCAUAUAAUGAUCCAGUAUGCUUUUCUGUGUGUAAUAUUUAAAUAGUUUAAUGCAGCGCUGUAACCACCAUAGACAUUGAGCAAGAAAUCUCACAAUUUAUUCACAAUAUUGGCCAAUAAAUAUGCAUUUUUCAAUGACAGUCUUAGAAUUUUACCUUUCACUUUCCAUCAUUGACUAUUUGGUUACAUGCUUGAAUGUAAAUGAAAAUUAUUUUUAUUAUUAAUUCAAUAACAACCCCAAAAUGGAAUAAAUGUCACAGUGCAAUUCUGACCUGCAAAGGCAGAGCACAUUAAUUGAACAGUUUGUUAAAAUUUGUAUGGCAGAAUAUUCUGACGCAUAUAUAGAAAAUCAGACCAGUUUCACUCCAGAUAGUUCUGAUUACCUUUUUGAUGAUUAGUUUCAUUAAUAAAAUGCCAACAUUUGUAAAAGUGUGGCCUAGAAUACCAUUGUUUACACUUCACAUCUUUUUCUUGAUGUGUGUGUGUAUAUGUACAGUAUGCACACAUGGGCCUUUAACAUAUAUUAAUGGUCGCUAAAGUGUGUAAUUUCCGCGCCACUAAACGGAAAUUGCAAAAAUAAACUCACCCCUGUUCGCCGUUGGUCAAAUAAACAUUUAGUCCUGCCCCAAACUCAUGACAUUGGUUGAGUGAAGUAAUUUUUUAUUUGUAUAGCACUUUUCACAACACAACUCUUUUCAAAGCAGCUUUAAAGAAAAGUAUGCAGUAACAGAAUAUGAUGCUCUAAAAUGAUGCUGUGCAGUUUAAAUGAAAAACGUAAUUGAAAAUCAUGCUUUAGAAAUGAUUUGUCUUUAGGCCCCCAGUGAGCAAGCCAAAGGUGACUGUGUCAAGGAACACAAAAACUCCAUGAGAUGUUAGUUGAUAGAGUGAGAAAAAACUUUUGGAGAAACCAGGCUCAGCUGAGGGAGCCAGUUCCCCUCUGGCUAUAUAGCAUGAAUAUAAUGCCAAUAUUAGUUAUAUACAGUAUGUGUAUUACAAGUCUUGAGUAAACUGGGUAAAUGUCGGUGGGCAAUGUUUAAAACUAAAGGAUUUUGUACGAACUGCAAGAUUUAUGAUUAAGUGUCUUUGAAGUGCAUCCCGAACUGACUGCAGAAGUGUAAGCAGAUGCAGUGUCCUUUGUUACUUGCCUGAUGAAGGCUUUAGUUGGCAAUAUUUUUUGUCUACUGUAUGUAUUCCAUUUUAUGAAAGUGUAGUGCAUCCUAUGACCAAGAUGAUGCAGACAGUGAUCAUCGAAAUACCUUUUGCUGUCCGGUUUGGACAGACUAGAGUUAGUAGUCAUCGCUCAGUAACACAUAGCGUUGUGAGUGGGACAUCGGGCUAGAAGCUGGAUCUGGCAGGCUCUGGUAACCUCAGGAUAUGUCUCUCGAGGUUGAGAGAAUAUGAGAAGAAAAUGAGAAGUGCCUGGCUGAAUAGAUGAGUCUUUAGUCUAGACUGAGAGAGUGUGUCUGAGUCCCAAACAAUGCUAGGAAGGCUAUUUCAUAGUUUAGGAGCCAAAUAGGAAAAGGAUCUACCACCUUUUGUGGAUUUUGAUACUCUAGGUUCUAUCAACAGGCCAAACAUUUUGUGAUCAUAGUGAAUGUGAUAGAUUAUAGUGUGAUAGAAUGUUGCUUAAGUACUGAGAGGAGCUAGACCAUUAAAACCUUUGUAAGUAGUAAGCAUUAUUUUUUACAUUUCAAUGAAACUCAACAUGUAGCCAAUGUAGUAACGAUAAAAUUGGGUUGAUAUGAUUAUAUUUCUUGCUUCUAGUCAGCACUCUAGCUGCUGCAUUUUGAACCAACCAAAGCUUAUUUAUUGAACCUGCGGGACACCCUCCCAGUAAAGCAUUAUUAUAAUCUUGUUUUAAGGUCAUGAACGCAUGAAUUAGCUUCUCGGCAUCGGAAACAGAGAGCAUAUGUUGUAACUUUGCAAUAUUUCUGAGGUGGAAGAAUUUUCAAAGGACAGAUUGCUAUUAAAUUUAACAUCCAAGUUCUUAACUGUAGAAGACAAUGGAAAAGUACAUCCAUCGAAAGACAAAUUAUAUUCUAGCAUCUUAUAAUAUUAUAAGUUUUUGGUCCAAUAAUUAGAAGGCCUACCUCUGUUUUUUUUCAGAAUUGAGCAGAUCAAUGUUGCUGUGUCAGGUUGACAAGCCACUCAAAACAAACAGAAAUUUUUAUAGUGGCACAGAGCCUCAAAGUUUUCUGUCUUUGCAUAUUAUGCUGGGACUCGAGAAAUAAUUUUAACACUGAAAAGUUACACACUUCAGACCAACUGUGUGAGAGGGUCGCCACAAGUAAAGUUUCUUUGCUUUAUGUUGAGUGCGCAUGCUCAUUUCAAUGAGAAAUUAAGACUUAAGCACGAUACUCUGUUUCUUCAUUAAUUAUUUAUACAGAAUUGCUGCAAUUUAAUCAGCCGAGUCUCUCCUGCAUGGCGCUUCUCCGAAUAGAUGUAAGACAAACAUGCUCCAAAAUGCAAGCAAUGGUUGCAUCAUUUAAGUGCCUUUUAAAGGAUGCUGUCUAAAAAUGGUAUGGAAUGGAACUUUUAUUAAAGCAAAAUUUGUUUAGGGUAUCUUUUAGAAAAUAGAUAAACCAUCUUUUAAAACUGUAAUGUACCUUGAAA